GGGUAAGGCAAAUGGGGUUCCGGAAUGGUUCGGAGGUGCCCGUCCGCAGCUACACUAAUGAUCAUCUUCUACGGAGCCACGCCGUUCCUGAUCCCCUGUCAUGUUGUUUUCCUUUUUCUUGAUUUAGUGUGGCAAAUUGCGUUGUGAUCCCCACUUACUACUAGUAUUCGGUGAAUGCGGACACUUGGGUGAUUCACUAUCAAUAAAACAUGACGAUGAUUAGCUUAGGCAUCUUUCAUUCAUCCCCUUGUCACACGUCUGCGAUUGCCCGAGUACCACCACAUCGGACCAUAUCGGCCUGUGAAAACAAAAGGGAAUCCCACUGCCAUCAGCCCAUCACGGGACAUGGUAUAGUAUGCGGAGCAUUCAAUGUCUCACCCUGCUUUUCCACUCCAGAUAAAAUGAAUUAUCCUGCUGUCUUCAAGGAUCUGUUGUCCAAUUUACCACAACAUCAUCGUACUAGUACCGACAUCACUAACACCUACCAUUUCAUUUGACUUUUGGACUAGAUUCACACCAUGACCAACACCAUAUUAGAUAGUUACUCUUCAAGACGCAAACCCCGUCGCAUUGGUAUCCUGACAUCCGGAGGAGAUGCUCCGGGAAUGAAUGGAGCUAUUCGUGCAGUCGUCCGCACGGCAAUCCAGAACGGCUGCGAAGCAUGGGCAAUUCACGAAGGCUACGAGGGACUCAUCCAGGGCGGUGCAAUGAUGCAUCCCCUAUAUUGGGAAGACGUUCGAGGCUUUCUAUCGCGUGGAGGGACACUCAUUGGGUCCGUACGCUGUGACCGUUUCCGUGAACGAGAAGGUCGUCUACAGGCCGCAAGAAAUAUGGUGCUUUUCGGUAUCGACGCCCUAGUUGUCUGUGGGGGAGACGGAAGCUUGACCGGGGCAGACCUCUUUCGAUCCGAAUGGCCAGAGCUGCUCAAUGAGCUGGUGUCAACUGGUGUUUUGACCGUGGCGCAAGUCGCACCCCAUCAGAAUUUGAACAUUGUUGGACUUCUCGGCUCUAUCGACAAUGACUUUUCCGGCACGGAUGCCACCAUCGGAUGCUAUUCUGCGUUAACACGGAUCUGCGAGUCAGUCGAUGCAGUUUUUGAUACGGCUUCCUCUCAUCGCCGAGGGUUUGUCGUCGAAGUCAUGGGUCGACACUGUGGCUGGUUAGCAUUGAUGGCUGCGAUCGCAACUGGGGCGGAUUGGCUGUUUAUCCCGGAGAGGCCUCCGCGCGAUGGCUGGGAGGAUGAUAUGUGCUCAAUCAUCACCAAGAACCGCAACCGUGGCAAGCGUCGCACUAUCGUUAUUCUGGCAGAAGGAGCCCAGGACAGCAACUUGGAUCGCAUUUCGUCGUCUGCCGUGAAAGAUGUUCUGAGCAAGCGUUUAGGACUCGAUACCCGCGUCACUGUUCUGGGUCAUAUCCAACGAGGCGGAUCCCCAUGCGCAUACGACCGCUGGCUGUCAACGUUACAGGGCAUCCACGCCGUCAAAGCGGUGCUGUCUAUGACUCCUGACUCGCCCUCUCCGGUGGUGAUUAUCCAGGAAAAUAGAAUCAAAACAUCAUCUCUGGCUGAAACUGUUGCCUUAACCAAGGAGGCUAACGCCAGUAUGCAUGCCAAAGAAUUCGAGAAAGCAGCAACACUUCGGGAUCCCGAAUUCAUGGAAUACCAUGGCGCGUACCGACACCUGAACACGAGUGAUCAUCCUAAGAUGGUCUUGCCCGAAGAUAAGCGCAUGCGGGUUGCUAUCAUUCACGUCGGCGCCCCAGCUGCAGGCAUGAAUCCAGCCACACGCGCAGUAGUCGCCUAUUGUUUAACCAGGGGACACACCCCGAUCGCCAUCCACAACGGUUUCCCUGGUCUCUGUCGGCACCACGAUGAUACCCCUGGCUCGGUUCGUGAAAUGCAUUGGUUGGAAUCUGGUGACUGGAUUAACGACGGUGGGUCUGACAUUGGGACCAAUGCGGGACUACCAUUAGACGAUAUGGAAACGACAGCUCAAUGCUUUGAGCGGUAUAAGUUUGAUGCACUUUUCGUUAUUGGAGGCUUCGAAGCGUUCACAGCCGUCAGUCAGCUGCGCAAGGCGCGUGAGCAAUAUCCUGCCUUCCGGAUUCCGCUCGUCCUUCUCCCAGCAAGCAUGUCAAAUAAUGUCCCCGGCACGGAAUAUUCCCUUGGCAGCGACACCAGUCUUAACACCCUUGUUUAUUUCUGCGAUGUUGUUCGGCAAUCUGCGUCCUCCUCCGGGCACAGCGUAUUCGUCGUUGAAGCGCAAGGGGCCGAGUACCAGGCGACAGCUGCGGCGCUGGCCGCGGGAGCAAUGACGGUGUAUACGCCUGAUCGAGGAAUAACUCUCCAGAGCCUCUCCAAUGACAUCGAGUACCUCCGCCAACAGUUCUCAAAGGAUCACGGUGCCAAUCGCUCGGGCAAGCUGAUCAUCCGCAAUGACCAGACAUCCACCAUCUACAGUACAGCCGAGAUUGCAAAUAUUAUCAAACACGAGGCCAAGAAUCGCUUUGAUGCGCAGGGGGUGGUGCCAGGACACUUCCAGCAAGGCGGCAAAGUCUCACCCAUCGACCGCAUUCGCGCGUUCCGGCUGGCCGUGAAGUGCAUGGAACAUUUGGAAACAUUUGCGGGCCAGUCUCCGGACGAAAUCAUGAACGAUGAGAACUCAGCCACGGUGAUCAGCAUCAAACAGUCUCGUAUCCUUCUACUGCCGAUGGGAGGUCCUACCGGAGUUGAAGUUACCGAUACUGAUUGGAAGCGACAGCGGCCGAGAACUCAGAACUGGUUGGAGAUCCAAGAAGCUGUGGACUCCUUGUCGGGACGCUCGUCUAUGUGUGCAAUUCCGAACUGAGAGGCAUCCACUGUCGUUUUUCCAUAAUGUAAUGUUUACGAAGAGAUCUGCGAUUACAAUUCCGUUAAUACACCAAUGAUGAAUCCCAAGUUUCAUAUUGUCGUAACUCGAAUGAAUUGACAAACUUUCAAAAAAGACUUAUACAACGCACCGCUCAAUGCGAAU